AUGUCUGGGACAGAGGCUACCAAUGCCCCGGGCGGGGGGAACAAUGCUAGCGAAUUUGUUCGCAAGCUGUUUCGAAUGCUCGAAGACCCGACACAUCAGGAUGUAGCUCGGUGGGGGAAAGAUGGCGACUCAUUUGUCGUGGUUGAGGGCGAGAAAUUUACAAGGUCCAUCUUGCCGAAGCACUUCAAGCACAGCAACAUGUCCAGCUUUAUCCGACAGCUCAACAAAUAUGACUUUCACAAGGUCAAGCCAUCUGCCGAUGGCGAAUCGGCCUCUCCAAAUGGCAACGUCCUAGAGUUCAAACACCCCUACUUCCGCGUCGACAGCAAAGAUGACCUGGACAACAUUCGCCGGAAAGCGCCGGCCACGCGGAAACCCCAGGUCGCCGAAGACUUCACCACCAGCCAGCACGUCAGCGCCGUGUCCGAGCAGUUGACCGCGACUCAGCAGCAAGUACAGCAGCUUCAAGAGCUGUUCGCCGACAUCUCUCAGACGAAUAGGCUCCUGGUCAACGAGGUCCUCACUCUGCAGAAGAUGCUCAAUGCCCAAAAGCAGGCGCAGUAUGAGAUGCUCAACUUCCUCUCUCCGUACAGCCAUAACCGGAAUAAUGGAAUGAUGGCCCACCAGAUGAGCUCAAAUGGCGGCAUGUCUUCGUCGGAUGGCGACGAAAACGUGCCAGAACUUAGAAGAGCGCGAGAGCUGCUCUCUAGCGUCGCGCCCGACACCGUGGCUGAUCGUGAGCUCGAGCGUCUGCACGACAUUUACGAAUCCCCUGCCGAUUCGGCAACCAUGGUCACCCCCGUAUCAAUGCCCAUGCUGCAUGACCCUAUGAAUGAUAUUAGUCGGUAUCCCGUCUACCCCGUAGGCCAGACUGUCGGCAUCGAUCCCUUCCACUCGGACCACAUCAAUAAGAUCCCAUAUGCCAUGCCAAACGAAAACAGUUCCGGGUCCCUGGAUCAGCAUCAGCAACAUACUCCACAGCCUAACCAGAUGAACAGUGCACCCGGGUCGUCACUGGACAAGCCUGCACCUCUAUGGGGACCAAAGAAGCCAAUAGUAUUCUUGGUAGAAGAUGACGGCACGUGUGCGAAAAUCGGCAUCAAAUUCCUCAAAUCGAUGGGCUGUGAUGUCGAGCAUGCUAUCAACGGUGCCGAAGCAUAUAACCGAAUCAGCGCUGUUGGUCGUGACCAUUUCGACUUGAUCUUCAUGGACAUCAUCAUGCCUAGGCUGGAUGGUGUAUCGGCCACCAUGUAUAUCCGCCAGCACUGUCCAACCACGCCCAUCAUUGCGAUGACGUCAAAUAUUCGACCGGAUGAGGUGAAUGGCUACUUUGAGCACGGUAUGAACGGAGUUCUGGCCAAGCCCUUCACCAAGGAGGGAAUGCUCAAGUCUGUCAAGACACACCUCCAGCACCUUUUGAAGAACCCGCCCAGCCAGUCAGACAACGGGCACGGAUCUGCCUUUAUGAUGAAUGUUCCCUAUCUCAACACGUCGGGCAACCCCAUCAAAUUCGAAUCGCCAACUCCACCUGCAGGUGCUGGUGGCUCGAAUUGGUCGUCUGGCCACAUGUCUCAAAAUGGGGUCGAUUCGGGCUUCGGGAUGAUGGAUGGGAGCAACCAGUAUAACAUGACGCAAGGUAGAAACGCGUAUUCGACAAUGGAUGCAUCCUCUGGCCGUUUGUCCGAUCAUGAUAGUCCGCCAGAGAAGCGCCAGCGCUUGAACAAUUCGCAACGAACUUAUGCUUAAUGCCGGAGCUGAUGACCAAUUUCUGUGCAUGAGGAUUGCCGGAUGAUUGACUUCCUGUUCUCUUUAUAUUUUUUUAUUUGUUUUUCCUUCUUCUAAUUUCUUCUCGGCUCUUGGCUUGCUCAUUGCAUGGGAUAUUCUGCUGUGUGGCGUUGUGACAUGUUUGAACAAAGGAGGAGCUUUUUUUUUUAUAGUCCAUCCUCAGGGGUGUUUUUUGAACUGUUGUCUUGGGAUUUGUUUUGGUUUGGGAUGAUGAUUUCACGCACCGGUUGGAUACCUGUCGGGGCUUCACGACUGUAUUUUCUCCGUGGGGAGGAAAAGGUUGUUUUUGUUUUCUUUUUGGGAGAAAUUCGACUUUGUAACGGUGAUGCUUGGCUAUGUCUGGGGUUUAUGGAGAGAAAUGUCUGGUGGCGUUGCCGUUCUGUGAUGGCGCCAUGCUGAAAAGCUGUAAGCAUUAGGAACGAUACGUGGUGACUAUGGAUCUGUGGGGAGUGAUUAAUCAAACUAUCUGUUUUGAAUAAAGAGAUUUGACAUUGCCAACUUUUUUUUUUCUUCAAAAGUGACGUUACAUUCGCCUCUGGUGUGCGGAAGAUGAGAAUUUGUGAGUGCAGACCACAGAAGGCUGGUGUGAAAAGACCGCUUGAUGGACCCAGCAAAAACGGAGUAACGGAGUGUAAGAGUCCGUCGAAUCGGCAUGACGCAUGGGAGGCCUUCCAAGCAUAAAUACGUUUUUUGUUAUGCUGUCUGCGGUGGGGAGAUGAAAAUGGGCCCCUCCUAGGUGAGAUCCGAUUUGCGAAUCUCAAGACGUCAACGUGGAUAAAGGUCAAAAAUGAGAAUCGGUCGGAGAUUUGGGCAGUCGUCGUAAUAUCAGCAUGGCGGAGGACCACUAUAGAUGGAACUCGAUCGAGAUUUCAUAAAAAGUCAAGCCUGCUCGCUUGGGCGGGAGAAGGAAGAUGGAGAGAGAAACAGGGAGAAAAUGAAACGAGACAGGGAAAGAGAAGAGAAAUGUAAGAGAGAAAACGAUUUGAAAUGUAACAGGAAAUCAC